AUGGGCGCUUACGUUGAAGUGGUGCAGGAAAGGACGGCCCAACAACGGUGCGACUGUAUUGCCUCGGGAAUCGAAUUGGCUUCAAUCAUCGCGAUUUCUGUUGCCGUUUGUGUUCCGUGGUGGUUCACGGAUGAUGCUCAAGUCAGCUUUAGUCUUUUGGGAUUUACGUGCAAAGUCGAAGAAUACCCCUGUCCGGUGGUCAUCCGCGUUUACGUGAGUUUUGUUGACUGAAGUGUUGAACAGAGUGUCGAUCAUGAGUUUUGGUUGCUGAGGGCUAAAGAUAGCUAAAAUUUCCACCGCUCUCAAAAAAAGCAAUUUUUUUGACCAAUUCGCUAACUGAAAGUUUGCUGAAAGUUAGCCGAAAAUAGUAGGGCGCAGCUCGGAAAGCGACGUUUCGCAGCUCGCCGGAGCUAAAUUUCGGUUUUUUUUCGAGCUGCGCCCAAGACGCGAGCUACGCCCGUGCAUGUUCUCCGGGCUGCGCCCUAUGAUUUUCAGCAAACUUUCAGUUAGCCAUUGGCCCCUGCGACCGAACUUGGUUGAUUUUUUUGAAUAGUUGACUAUGGGAAACACCCCAAGUUUGACCCUCAGAUUUGCUUUACGUAAAUUUGGCACAAAGUUCGAGCAUAGGCCACAUAUCAAUUCCUGGAAAAUUUAGCUCGUGUUUUGCAGCCUUUCUCUCGGCCGCAUCUGCUUCGGAACUGCAAGACCAAUACGUUUCAUAAUGUUGGCGAUUUUUUCAGACGACCCUCGACGAUCCAUUCCUCAAGAUCACAUUCGGAUUGGUGGCGAGUUGCAUUAUAUUAGAGGCGAUUUCGGCUCUCGUCUCACAUUGCGUCUCCUGCAGGGUAAGCCACUCGAAACAUAUGCUUAUAUAUAUUAUGUGGGAUUAAUUCGAAACGAAUCAGGGUUCAUAACAAUGAAGGUAUACCUCAAUUUAUAUUUUGAAUAGUAAAGCUCAGGUAGGGGAGGCAGAGUUGAUCCAGCGCAGCGUAUGUAAAAGGGACGCCUCGAGUGUCCUACAGAAGCAUUGUCAUUACUAGCCUCUCAGAAUUCUCAGAUUUAAGGCGUAUUUUUGUUUUAGCACCUUGGGAUGCCCUCAUUUCUUAAUUUCUUUUCUCCGAUGUUUUAGCCGGAGGCCGAUGUGCUACUGGUUCCUGUAAUCUACUGUCUCCACCCUACCCAGCGGUAUGCUAUUCAACUCUGAAAAAAGCAUCAUUAAAGUUUUAGGAAUUUUAGAAGUUUAUACAACCUAAUACCUUAUACACCUUCCCUCUUUGGUUAA